CAUUGUUUUCGACAACUUGUUUGACACGGAUGAUUUUGACGUCGGAGCUAUUUGUGUCCGCUACUGUGGGUCACCGAAAGCUGAGAAACUACACGCUUAGUGGUUGUCAUAAUAUGACGUUUUGGAGCUCAUUCAGAGAUGCUCUCUGUUGUAUUUAAAAGAAAAAGCACUGUAGCUGCCCAGAAGUUAUUGCACUUGGCACGACACCCACCAAAAUGUUGGCCAUCGUCACUUCUCAGAGUAACUAAUAGUGGAUCAGACCCUCAACUGGUCAGCUGGGCAUCCUUGGCCAGGCCGUCAACAGAAUGGCCUCAAGUUUCCUGGGAAAAGUAUUCUCCUGCCCUCCUUGCUUGCAUGGGGAGUGGCCUCUUCCCGAGGACCCCAUUUAAUUUGGCUUUUACAGCGAGGAAUCAAUAUUUCCAUUCUUCUGUCAUAAGGCUAAAGAAGCGACUACAGCCCGAACCUCCUCCCAGAGAGCUGGACCUGCUGCGCUAUGACAUGAAGGACUUGUGGAAGAGUCCCAAACCAGCUCUGUGGUUGGGGUUUGCCGGACUGAUCCCCUUUGUUGCCCCCCCUCUCUUCAUGGGCGUGACUGAAAGCUACCUUCCCGAGUUUGCCUACGCUCAGGUGGCCUACGCCGCCUCCAUCGUUUCCUUCCUGGGCGGAGCUCGUUGGGGGUUCGCCCUCCCUGAUAGCAGCCCGGCUAAACCUGACUGGAUUAACCUGAGCAACAGUGUGAUUCCUUCACUCUUAGCCUGGGUUACCAUGCUAAUGGCCGACAGCAUUGUUCCUGCAGCAACCAUGGUUAUCAUGGCAUUGGGAAUCUCACUUCACUAUGAUCUGUCACUGCUGCCCACUUACCCCAGCUGGUUUAAAGCCCUGCGUGCCGUCUUGACCAUGGUGGCAUUUUUUUCCCUAGUUGGUACACUCAUCGCACAUGGAAUUUACCCAGAGAAGAAUUUUUUUUCAGAGUGAGAAAACAUGCAGAGAUUAUAGACAGUCUUGUUGCAUUCAUGACAGCGUUCACGAUAGAUGUUUUGCAGAAAGAGGAUUGCUGUCAUUGUUUUAUUUUGAGUGAACACGGAAAUUACAUUAAAAAUGGUUUGAGAUGGUUUUGGA